GGUUUUCGUUCUAUUUGAAAAGUCAAAAAUUAUACUAAAUAAAAAAUAAAUAAGGAACAAGCUACUAAAAUUUUAAAUAAUUACAAUUUCACUACAAAAAUAUGCUUCUAUUAAAAAAUGUCUCUAAUCGGAGUGUCAAUCAGUUUUCUUCCAAAAUCUUAAGAUUCUCAACGACCAUUGGAGCUUUGCCGGAAAAGGACAAGUCUGCCCAUCGGAACUUGAAUGGCAAUCUUGGUCAACCCACUUCAUGGACACAUCCACACCUUCUCAAAAAUGGUGACAUAGUUCCCAAUAUCAAGGUGGAGGAAUUCAAAGAGCGUAGGGCUCGUCUCAUGCAGGGAAUCCAGAAGCACUCAUUCAACAUCGAACCAACCAUAAAGAAUCACACAGUCAUUAUUCCGUCAGCCACAAAGAAAUACAUGAGUGACAAGAUCCCCUACGUCUUUCGUCAGAAUUCAGAGUUUUUCUACCUUACCGGUUGUCUGGAACCGGAUUCAGUUCUUGUCAUGACAAUCGACGAAUCUAGCCAACCAACAUCUACUCUAUUCAUGAGACCAAAGGACAAACACGCUGAACUUUGGGAUGGACCACGAACUGGCGUUGACAAUUCUCUCGAGCUGUUCGGAGUGGAAGAGGCCUAUCCAGUAAGUCAGUUCAAGACACAAAUCGCUCGAAAAACAAAUGAAAAAGACCACACUGUCAUAUGGUAUGAUGAACACACCUCAGAUCAGCAUCACUUGUCUGAAAUAUUCAGAGACUCUAAAACGAAAAGGCCUCUUAAGUCGCCAGCAACAUUUUUGCAAAGUAUGCGUCUCUUCAAGUCCCCAGCAGAAAUCGAUUUGAUGCGAAAAACCUGCAAAAUAGCUUCUGAUGCCAUCAAUGAGGCUAUGGCUGAGUCACAACCCGGUUUCUCAGAACAUCAUUUAUUCGCAAUGGUGGAUUUUAAGUGUCGCAUGAAUGAUGCCAGUUAUUUGGCCUAUCCGCCAGUAGUGGCUGGGGGUAAUAAUGCAACUACGAUUCAUUACAUAAACAACACUCAGUUGGUGCAGAGUGGAGAUAUGGUGCUAAUGGAUGCUGGUUGUGAAUACGGUGGCUAUACCAGUGACAUAACCCGAACAUGGCCAAUAAAUGGAGAAUUCACAGAACCACAAAGAGUGCUUUAUGACGUCAUAUUGACACUUCAGAAGGAUCUUAUUGGAAUUCUUCUGCGGGAAGGUGGAGAGAACUUGGACAAGCUAUUCGAAACAAUGUGCCUGAGGCUUGGAAAGUACUUGAAGGAAGUUGGCCUCAUAGCAGCUCAUAUCACAAACGAUCAGGCAAUAGCAAAGGCUGCUUAUGCCUUUUGUCCACAUCACGUAUCCCAUUACUUAGGCAUGGACGUCCAUGAUACGCCACUUAUGUCUCGAAGCAUGAAACUGAUGCCUGGAAUGGUGUGUACUGUCGAACCAGGAAUUUAUAUUGCCAAAGAUCGUCUCGAUGUGCCAAAAGAAUUCCGAGGUAUCGGAAUCCGAAUUGAAGAUGAUGUUUACAUAGCCGAUUCUGAUCGUGUUGAAGUUCUAACUGCGGAUUGUAUAAAAGAGCGUUCUAGUCUUGAAAGUCUUUUAAAAAGUAAGAGACAGUGAUUAGUGAAGAAAGUGACCCAAAAUUGUGUAUAGAUAUUUUAAAAAUUAAAUUUGAUCGUAAAAAUUUUACAAAGCAUAAACAAAAAACUGGACAAUAUUAUAUCCCUAAGCGAACCUGAACAUUA